UUCUUUUCCUUUUUUUUUUUCCGAUUUUUUUUCUAUAUAUUUACUAUACUUGAUAGAUUCUAAUGCUUGUUUGUUCUUCGUUGCUCCGUCCAAGGUGACUUAUAUAGUGCAAUGGCGUCGAUUACGUCAAAACGUAGGACAAAGUCGGGGGUCCUCCCCGACAAGUUCAGACACUUAGUCAACGACAUGAAAAGAUUCAAAAUUCACCGUCAUGGAAGGAAAAAAGACGAGGAGACCAUGAUGGAUUCGGCUUCCAUGUCUGAGGAGCUCCCCCAGGUCUCCCAAGACCCCGAAUCUACCGAAGUCUCCGAAGUUGUCCAAGUUAUCGAGAUUCCCGAAACCCCUGCAACACCUGAACGGGCCGAAGCCCCUCCUCCAGUGGCUGAAGUCACUGAGGUCAUCCAAACCCCCGAAAUUCCUGAAGGCUCCAAUGGCCCUGGUGGCCCUGGUGGCCCUAGAGAUAUUCAUAGUGCUGACGGUGACGAUGAUCCUGAAGGUCUUGAUAGUACUAACAGCCCCAAUUACCCUGAAAUCGCUGAAGCCCCUGAAUCCCCUGAAGCCCAUGAAAUCUCUAAAACCCCUCAAUUCAUCGAGCUUCCUGCGUCGAGGCCUGCCUCCUCUCAUACCUCUCCACUGAUGCCCAACCUUGCCGUUCAGGUUACCAUCACUUUCGAUGAGCCCCUAAAUUAUACCUAUAGUCGCAAUUAUGAGACUUCCUCGUCACUACAGGCCACCGAGGACCUGUAUGAAGGUCUUCUCCGACGCGUCGAUCAUUGCUGUCAUGAAUUGAUUACUCGCAAGGAUACGACAGCCAUGGAGUACGCAGCCGCAAGUGGCCCAGACAAGCCCCUGAGAUACGAGAUUCAAAUCGAUAUCCUCCGAGACUGGACGGAAAUUUGGGCUUCGAGAACCUUCAAAUCAUACCAAAAACAACCUCUUUCAGCAGAGGCUGCAAAGGAGAUCAUCAUGUCGACUCAAUACAUAAUAGGAUUGUUCCUGAGGCAUCAUGACGAAGGAUUUGUUUGGAAGGAUGACGCGGUAAGAGACGACCCCUUAGAUGAACAAGGGAAAUUCUCGCACCGUGCAGGUCGUGUCGAGCCUAUGUCGUGUGUGCCACGCUCCUUUUUCCUCGAGAAGACGCAAUCCUUCGAGUCGGUACCCGGCUAUACUAUAAAUUUCUCUUUCACCAGUCGAUGUCAACGCCGGAAACCAUCCGAGUGGUAUACGACCGUGGAGGUCAAUAGUAACCAGACGACACCCUUAAAUUCUCUAGGAGCAGAAGCCUUAUUUUUCGAGGCCUCUUAUGCGGUGGAGGGUGUCUUGAGGUCAGAGAGGCAAGCAUUCGAAGUCACUCAUCGCCAAUGCGCCAAUUUAGAUGGAUGCAAGGACUGUCGACAUCACGAAAGCGAUGGUCUGGAAUUGAAAUUUGCCAUCGCAAACAACCUCGGUCCCCAGUUCCCUCGUUUGGAACGAACCAUACAUUGCAACAGCAACCUCUCAUUUUACUCUGAUAUCCGGGAAUGUCUUUCCUUUGUUAACAAAGUUGAAAAUGCUCUUUCUUCAGUUCGAGACGACACCGAUGAUAUUAUCGAUCGAAUGGACGAUCUCGAAUUCAAAAUAACCGAACUACGUGGCCAUGGCUGGUCCCUGGACGAACCACUUGUUUUCACCUUAGACUCUUCCAAGUCUUAUUCUCGGAGGAAUAUUGAGGCGAUACUAGAUCGAAUCCAAGCUGGUGUUGCCGACACACUCCGAGGAAACGCUAUCUCCGUUCGAAUGACCGCUCACAAGCGAGGCCAUUUCAUUUUGGACAAGACGUUUGUAGCUCGAGAGCCUAUUGAGCUUUCGGACAGCCAAAAGAUGAAGAAGUCGUCUAAGAAGCCUAAGGCGUAUGUCCUGGACCGACUACGGCGACGCGUUGAGUGUGAUAUCGACAUGAUCUGCAAAGAUACUCUAACGCUCGAUAACAUAGGAGAUGAGGCUGCGAAUGCCCAGAAGGGACCUCAUGUGCUGGAACGUACCCGGUCUAAUGAGAGUGUAGGCGCUAGAACUUUCGUGACCAGGCCUAAGACAGCAGAGUCCGCCUCAAGAUAUACCACAGAAGGAUCAAGAUACCCGAGUCCCCGUCCAAAGACCAGCGCCGGGACUUCUGUCUCGAGAAUCACGGUAGAGAGCAAGAGACCAGCAACCGCCGAUGCUAAGACUACUGAAAACGAGGUUCGUCUAUAUUCACCCACCUCACGCCCGCCUAUACCAGUUCGGCGAUCUUCGCUAUCGCUGGCCAUAGUCUACCCAGAUGGUACCCGGGCUUUCCCAUUGGUACCAGGGUUUGACCAUCACGCAGAAUCCGAAAGCCCCAGCCUAGACAAAGACUUCUACAAGGGGAGCUCACUGCAAGAUCCAUUUAUAUCCGACCAGCCAACUAGUGAAAUCCCGUUGCAGCCUCGUCAGAACAGUUGUGUUAACACCAAUGAGUCCCUAGAAAAUGUGCCCGCUACGACGAACCUGGAGGAGGAAUUAGGAUCACAGCGAGUCUAUGAGGCUUCGAUUGCUUCGACCCCCAGUCUCGUGUCCGGUGAUGGUUCCUCCCCCAGUAGUAGUUUCUUAAUAACUCCAAAGCCUCAUCAUUUAAAUCAGGAUGUGGACUACUCUACCAGUGCUAUCGUCGACAGUGACGAUGAGGAUGCUCAUCACAUGGAGACUGAUUUGGCAAAAAUCUCAUCUACCUUCCCUUCGCCAAAGCUACGACAUGCCGCGAAGCCCCUCACUUCGUCACCUCUCCGUAUGAGCCAAAGUACGCAGGAACAGAGUAGUGUUGAUUCUCUGGAGACUAGCAACCCCCCAACUACGAACGGUAUCGUCGAGCUUACCAUUUCAACAUUUAGCUCGAAAGAGCAAACCCCCGCUAUCCCAGCGAUAGAAAUCCACCUCUUGGACGAUUCUACCCUGGUUCCGCCUAAGGUAAAUGUUGACUUGAACACCAACGAAGGUGCUAUUAUAAUCCAAAGUUCCGAGGAGAUUAUUACGCCUUCCCCCAAGGACAAAGUCGCAGUCACCAGUGAAGACGACUACCCGCUUGCCGACGACUUCGCGCAGUCCAAGCCCGACAUCACAUUUUCCCCCACCACCUCCGGCAGCUCCGAGGCAGAGGACACCUGCUCUGCCCCCGUCUCCCCCUCCCCUCAACAGCAAAAGCAGCUAAUCCUUGCUACCCCUGUUUCCCCCGACCCCUCCGAUACCGAGGACAACAACGACUACGACGACGACGCGGGAACCACAUACACGCUCUCCCCGCCGCUACUGCCACAGCGACCCCAGCAACAGCGCGGCUCCUUCGGCAGCGCCGGUGUCCUGGGCUUUCACGAGCAGAUGUUCGGGUCUCUGAGCUUGCGGUCCGCGCUCAUGCGCUCGCGGACACAUGCGGAUUUCAAGAAUGUCAAGAAUGUCAAGCAAGAGGAGAAGAGACCCGGGACUGCUGUGUAAAAAAUAUUCUCUUUUUUCUUUCAUCAGCAAAAGAAAUCACUUUCAAAUUGUUCUUUUCUCCUCUUUUUUUUUGUAACUUACAUA